AAUUGUUUACCAAUUGGCAGGUCGAUCGAUAUUAAGUGGAUGCGUCUGGAGACCUUUAGCUCCCACGUGCCGGCCUGGUAGGCAACAAAUCGCGAUUACACAAUCUCAUGAUGAUGCCAGCCACGCCGGCACCUGACGAAACCAAUCCUAUAUAAUGGAGGCGGCCGAUCUUGUACUUUUGAGCCUACGACCUCCGUCAGUAUUGUGCCUUUUAUCAUGAAGAUCUCCGGUUUUACUUCAGUAGCGCUGGGCCUGGCUGCCUUCGCGGAAGCCUCGUAUGUCAACUAUACUACAGUAACUGGGUAUUUCUUGCAGGAUGAAGCGACAACCGAUCCAUCCACCUUUGACUUCACUACCACCAACUUCGGACUGAUCAAUCGCACGUACCCAACCGACAAAGGACAUAGCAACAAGAACAACCACCGUACCCAAUGGGAGCGGUUCUACCAUCAAGUAGUCGAACUGAAUCGCGUGUCGCCUCCUAAUGUGGAUUACAAGGUCCUAUUCCUGGGCCGCCACGGCGAAGGUUGGCACAACGCAGCCGAAGACUACUACGGCACGCCUGCCUGGAACUGCUACUGGUCCCUCCUGGACGGAAAUGGUACUGCCACCUGGCGUGAUGCCGAGCUCACAGACGCCGGCAUCGAGCAGGCCCAAGUCGCCCACGAUUUCUGGCAAAAAGAGCUAGACACGCAACACAUCCACCCCCCGGACAGCUACUUCGUCAGCCCCCUAACCCGCACCCUUCGCACAGCGAACAUCACCUUCUCCGGCCUCCGUCUCCCGCACGGAAGCACCCCCUUCCGCCCUCUGAUCAAAGAGUAUCUUCGUGAAGGAAUCAGCAUCCACACAUGCGAUCAACGUCGCAACCGCACCUACAUCCACGACCUAUUCCCCACCUGGCCCAUCGAGCGCGGCUUCUCAGAGACAGAUGAGCUCUGGAACGGCGUAACAGCCGAAACCAGCGCCGCGCAGGACCUCCGCAGUAAAUCUGCCCUGGACUCGAUCUUCCAAGCCAACAACUCCGGCCUCUUCGUCUCGGUUACGAGCCAUUCGGGCGAAAUUAGCUCGAUUCUCCGUGUGGUCAAGCAUCGUACAUUUAAACUCAACACUGGUGCUGUCAUACCUGUUCUCGUGCGGGCUGAGACCGUCCCUGAGACUCCGACUACAACCUCGGUUUCGUGGACUGCUAGUGCACACUGUACCGCGCCGCCUGUUACAUCAGUUGACUCAUGUGUGUGCCCCUCUACGGCGGCUCCCGUGACAACUCCCUUGGUUAUUGUUUCUGUGUAAGAUAAGAUUGUGAUGUCUAUAUACUGCCUAGGAAAUGGCAGUUUGUGUAUCUAU